AUGGCGAGUGAUCAGAAGAAUGGUGAGUCUUUUCCAGCGAAGGAAGAACGUGAGAAGGAUGAUGUCACACCUCCAGCGAAGGAAGAUCAUAAGAAGGACAAGGCCAUUGUAGCCUAUCCCGAAUGCGGCACCACAGUCACAGCCGGUGCAAAACUAGUCUUAAUAGGGCGUACCGGGGAUGGAAAAAGCGCCACGGGAAAUAGCAUCGCCAGAGAAAAGGUGUUCAUCACGAGAACACACGCAACAGAAGUUACACAAACAUGCCAAACAUUUAAAGUUGUGACACCAGAAGGCCCCAUACUCAAUGUGAUUGACACUCCAGGUCUACUCGAUAUGUUGGUGGCGCCUGACGUUAUAAGUAAAGAAAUCUUGAGAUGCCUAACCCUAGCAGAAGGAGGGCUAAAUGCUGUAAUCUUAGUUAUAUCGGCAAAGACUCAACUUUCACAAGAAGAAAAGAUGACAUUUCGUACCUUGGAGGUCCUUUUCGGGAUUAAAAUUUUCGACUAUGUUAUCAUCGUUUUCUCGGGAGGAGAUGUAUUUGAAGACGAUGAUGUUACAUAUUUGGAUGAUUCCCCCGACUUCAUAAAGGUCGAUACUUCCUAUUAG